AUGAUUUGCUGGAACGUGAGAGGACUCAAUAAAACUGCUAGAUGCCUGGAGGUUGGAGUCCACCUCAAGAAACUACAGGUUAGUUGUCUAGCAUUGCUUGAAACUAGGGUCAAUGCUAAUAAUAGUGAAACUAUUAGGAAGAGACUGGGGUUUAACUGGGAUUUCAUUGAUAACUAUGAUCAUCAUAUGAAUGGGAGGAUCUGGCUAGCAUGGGAUCCUAACAUUUGGAGUAUAAUCCCUAGUGAGAAAACUGAUCAAUUAGUACACAGUGCUGUAUAUACUAAGGCUGGCAAUCUAUCUCAUCACCUCACCAUAGUGUAUGCUCACAAUCAGCUUAAUAAUAGGAGGAACCUAUGGCAGGACCUCAUUAGAAUCAGUGUUCAUAUUCAGGGCCCUUGGAUGGUUGUAGGUGACUUUAACAACAUUCUGAAAGUAGAUGAUAGAAUUGGUGGUAAUGAUGUACAUCUGGCUGAGUAUAUUGAUAUGGAGGAUAUGUUGGCUAAUAGUAAUCUUUCAGAACAUGAAACUAUAAGAGCUUGGUUCACUUGGUCAAACAAGCAGCUUGCUAACCCUAUUAGUUCUAGAAUUGAUAGGGCUCUUGUUAAUGCUGACUGGUACAGAAUGUUCCCUAAUAGUAUGGUUGGGGUGCUCAAUCCUAAUAUCUCUGACCAUGCCCCUUUGAGAAUCAAAUUGGAUAGUCUUCAAACAGUAGAGAAAAUCAAGCAUAGAUUUAAAUUCCUUAAUUGUAUAGCUGGCCAUGCUAAUUUCCUUCAAGUUUUAAGGGCAAACUGGAUUCAUCUUGAUUUAGGCAAUCCACUGGAGCAAUUUUGGAAGAACCUACAUAAGUUACAGUAUAGCAUGAAAGGAUUGACCUGGAAAAUGACUGAGGGGAUCAGAAAUCUGAAAAUGAGUAGAGAGCAACUGGAUAAAGCCCAAACACUGCUAGCUUCUGAUCAGAUGAAUCAAACCCUGUGCCAAACUAUUAAGUACUGGACUGAUGAAGUGCUGAAGAGUUCUGAACUAGAAGAGAAGAUUUUGCAACAGAAGGUCAAGUGUGAUUGGGUUAAACUGGGUGAUGGAAAUAAUGCAUAUUUUUAUGCAAAUCUUAAAUCUAAAAACAAGAAAAUCCAGAUCAAGGAACUAGAAGAUGAUUAA